AGUCGCCAUGCAUGUUAGCUAAGGAGGAGAUAAAGUAGCAAGUUAAGAGUGGAUGCUCCUAAAAUUAGCAUAUUGACAAGGACCAUACGCACCUUUUGGGAUUAAUCGGGGUGCAGGUGAAGCAAACAGGCUCUCUCCCUCUUCCUCUCUGCAGUAAAUAAAUCGUAGCGGUCUGGGAGUCGUGCAGCUCGUUUGGGCCUUGAAGACAUAUGCUAGCUAGCAGACGCGGCUAAGCUAGCGCUGCAUUUAGCCCCUCAGCCUGGCCACAGACCACUGAAGUGGCUAGCUCACCAGCUAAUGUCGGCUAUCAUCUCAGACAGAUAAGUAACGUUACGCCUGCUAACGUUAUCUGUGGCCGCUGUGGGGGGACGUCCGGCGGAGUCUAAGAUGAUUAUUGAAAACCUCGAUGCCUUGAAAACAUGGCUUUCUAAAACCCUGGAGCCCAUCUGUGAUGCAGAUCCAUCUGCCCUCGCAAAGUAUGUGGUUGCUCUGGUGAAAAAGGACAAAAGUGAGAAGGAACUUAAAGCCCUGUGCAUUGACCAGCUGGAUGUAUUUCUUCAGAAAGAGACCCAGACAUUUGUGGAUAAGUUGUUUGAAGCUGUAAACAACAAAAGCUACCUCCCGCAGCCGGACCAGGCGUCCUCUGUGGUCAAAGUUGAAAUUCACCAGAAACUAGAGAAAGAUGAGCAGAAGAAAGAUGAGACAAAUCGGGAAGAAGAGCGAGAGAAGAAAUUUUCUCGAAGAGUAAAUCACAGCCCUCCACAGUCAAGCUCUCGCUACAGCCGAGAUAGCAGGAGAGGGGAUGACCGGAAGAGGGAUGACCGCUCCAGGAAGAGGGAUUAUGACCGCAACCCACCAAGGAGAGACUCAUAUCGGGAUCGCUAUAACCGCAGGAGGGGCCGCAGUCGCAGUUACAGCCGCAGCCGCAGCCGCAGCUGGAGCAAGGACCGCGUCCGAGACAGGGACAGAGAUAGGGACAGAGACAGAGACAGAGACAGGGAUAGAGACAGAGACAGGGAAAGGGAUCAUCGAGACCGCAGCAGAAGCAGGUCCCACAGCAGGAGUCGGUCCAGAAGCAGGAGUCGAGAGCGUGAUUCUGGCAAGUCCAAAUAUGACCAUGACCGAGUGGACAGGUCUGACAGCGGUGAAGUCUACACCCCGGCAACCCUGGUCUCCACUGCAGCCACUUCACACUUUCCCGUGCCAACACUGAGCAGCACCAUUACAGUCAUCGCACCCACACAUCAUCACAGCAACAGCAAUACCACAGAGAGCUGGUCGGAUUUCCGCCCUGAACACCCUGUGGAUCGCGGGCCCUUUAGUAGGGGACCACCUCCUCCGCAGAGGAAGCGUUGCCGCGACUACGAUGAGAAGGGUUUCUGCAUGCGAGGGGAUAUGUGUCCUUUUGACCAUGGAAGUGACCCUGUUGUGGUGGAAGAAGUCAAUCUGCCCAGUAUGCUCCCCUUCCAACCUCCGCCCAUCCCGGGUGUGGACCCACAGCCGCCCCCAGGCCUCCCACCACCACCACCUCUCAUGAACCCCCCUCCUGUGAACCUGCGCCCACCUGUGCCCCCACCAGGCACCUUGCCACCCAGCCUUCCACCUGUUGCAGGUCCCCCUCCUCCUCUUCCUCCUUUGCAAGCCUCAGGCAUGGACGCUCCUCCCAACUCCAUCACCAGCUCUGUUCCCACCAUUGUCACCUCUGGGAUGCGCUCCUCACUCCCCCAGGCCUCAGCACCGCUCUUCACCUCCGACACCUACGACACAGAUGUGUACAAUCCAGAGGCUCCCAGCAUCACCAGUACCUCCAGGCCGAUCUACCGCCACCGGGUCAAUGCUCAGAGACCCAACCUAAUAGGACUCACCAUGGGGGAGGUGGACCAGCCGCCUAGAGAUAAGAUUUCAAACAGCAGCAAUAUGAGGAUUGUUAUGGAGUCUGACUCCAGGAAGAGACCAGCUGUCUCCCAUGAUGGAAGUAUGCCUGCAAAGAAACCCUGGUUUGACAAACCCAACUUCAGCAAACCCAACCACCAGGGCUACCACAAGAGAGCCCCGUUCAACUCCCUCAACACCAAGCUGCUGGUCCGGCUAAUCCCCCCCGAGCUCAACAACAUCAGCAAGCUCAAUGAGCACUUCAGCAAGUUCGGCACCAUCGUGAACCUGCAGGUGGCCUACCAGAGUGACCCCGAGGGGGCGCUGAUCCAGUUUGCGUGCCCAGAAGAGGCCAAGCGGGCUAUGCAGAGCACCGAGGCAGUACUCAACAAUCGCUUCAUCAGGGUCCACUGGUACCGAGAGGACGGGGGUGAAGUACAGGGUCAAGGACAGGGGCAGAGCCAAACGCACUCACAGCAACAGCCUCAGGCACAGCCAGUCAUGCAGCCCUCAGCCACAACUCUGAAGCAGUCUGUCAAAGAUCGACUCGGACCCCUGCUCCCCGGGAACUCAGAGCCAUCCCAGGAUUCCAGCGUAGCCACUCAGAAUACUGCCAAAAUGUCAGUGAAGGAGCGUCUGGGUUUUUCUCCCAAACCAGCAGUCCCUGUUGAGAAGGUGUUUUCGACUUCCACAGGCCUCACCAAGACUGUAUACAAUCCUGCUGCUCUGAAGGCAGUCCAGAAGACCACAGAGGAGGCCCUGAAGAAGAAACAGGAAGCCCUCAGACUACAACAGGAUGUAAGAAAGAAGAAGCAGGAAAUCCUGGAGAAGCACAUUGAGACACAGAAGCUGCUGAUCUCCAAGCUUGAGAAGAACAAAGCAAUAAAAGGAGAGGACAAAGCCAAGAUUAUGGAUACUCUGGCCACUUUAACCAAGAGCAUAACCAAACUGCAGGAGGAGAUCAAGGGAAUCUCAAGUAGCAACAACCCACUGCGUACAGCCAAGAGCAAGGCCCAGGCGCAGAAGGAGCUCCUGGAUACAGAGCUGGACCUGUACAAGAAGACUCAGGCUGGGGAAGACACUGCUUUGCUGAAGAUAAAGUAUACCCAACUGCAGAUUGAGGCUGCUAAACGGGGUCUGCUGACACCGGGACGAGGCCGGGGAGUCCACAGCCGGGGCCGGGGUUCCCUCAGAGCACGGGGACGGGGCUCCAGAGGGCGAGGAAGAGGUGUGCCGCUGCAUGCAGUCGUGGACCAUCGACCGCGAGCGCUGGAGAUCUCUGGUUUCACUGAAGCAGACCGCGUAGACUUGCUGCCACACUUUGCUCAAUUUGGAGAGAUUGACGAUUGCCAGAUCGAUGAAACCGCCCUGUCUGCAGUCAUCACUUACAGGACCAGAGCUGAAGCAGAGCAGGCGGCAGUUCAUGGAGUGAGGUUGAACAACCAGAAUUUGCGUCUGGCCUGGCAUAAGCCUGUGAUAAACCUCAGCACUGCGGAUGCCGAUGAAGCAGAACCAGAGGAGGAUGAGUUCCAGGACGAGUCGCUCAGUGAUGAUGCCUUGCUUCAGGAUGACGAUGAGGAGGAAGAUGACAAUGAGUCUCGCUCCUGGCGUAGAUGAAGAUCAGUCAGACCCCCCCUCCCUGGGCUGCGCUGGUGUGGAAAACAUGCAGCUGUUGCAACAACGUCACAUGUUUUCAGUUCAAUGCGUGUAUCUAAAAGGAUUAGGAGCAUUUCACUUUGGCUAGACUAAACAGUUGUUAUUUUUUCCAUUUUUAUUUUAUUUUUAUUUUUUUGUUGGCAGAAAUAUGUACUGGCAAAAGUACCAUGUGUAAGUUUGACUAAGUUUAAUGUGAAUUCCAAUUUCAACAAUGGUGAUUUAUUAUUUUUUUUUUGUAAUGCUCUCAAACUGUAGAAAUAGUUCUAGACCUUGUAUCUUGUUGUUUUGUUUCACAGAACAGUUUUUUUUUUCUUGGCCGCAUGACAACUGAUCAGUUUAUGACACAUGUCAAACUCUUGAUUUAAGUUGACAUAAAAUGACAGAACCUGUGUUGUAACAUUACUGAAGUAAAGACUUUAGGUUUUGCUGAUUAGUAUUAGAUUGAAUGGAUUGUUGCUCAUGUGUAAAUAUUUUAUGUAUGGGUUUUAAUGAUUUGUAUGAUGGCUUUGCUUCUCGAUUCUUGGCUUUACUUUGAAUUGUAAAAAAAAAAAAAAAAUAAAGAAUUGAAAUGGUCUUUAAAAAAGGUAAUGCUGCAAAAAAAGUAACAAAAGUUGUGGCAAUUAAAAAAGAACAAUCCAAAACAGUUGAAAAAGACCAUUUCAAAAAAAAAAAAAAAAACCUUUACUUGUUCACCAAAAGAGCGAAAUUCCUUACACACAUUCCCACUCACACACAUUUGUGGAUCGGUAAGUUAAGGUAUUAUUCAGUAUUGAUUUCCUUGCGAAGGUAAGAAAACCAUUUAGCAUUACUGGCAAGACUUGAAGUUAAAUUAUGUUAAAUAAAUUCAACUUAAUUUCCAUGACAGGCCCAGAGCUCAUGCAUGAGGAAAAGUCUUGAUAUUGAUUUUCAUACUGAAGGAGGUCAUGAAAGGUAAAACUUUUGUUUUUGUUCAUUCUGCUGCAGGAGCCAGAAGUCAGCAGGAUCCAGUGACAGCACCUCCUCCUGUACCAAGCUUCAAACAACCACGACUUUCAUUAGAUAUUGAAAUGUAAUUAUGUUUUAAUUGCUGUAACAAUGUAACUGCUUUUUGGUCUGAAUCUCCUGUUUCAAAUAUACAAAGUUUUUUUUAUGAGUUACAUGUAACUUAAAUUAAAAUAUUGAUCUGAA